CUAUAUCUCAUGACGCCCCCCUCUUGUGCAGUCCGAUCGAUUUCUGCUGUUCUCAUGUAGUCACAUCAAGCGCUGGCCGCUGCAACUCCCUUUCUCGCGUCCCCUGCAAUCUUCACGGUAAAAUUUCUGGUUCCGUGGAACCGUCUGCGCGCUUCAAAACAGACAGCUGCUGCAACAGUCUCCCACCAUGCUCGGGUUCUUGCGGAGCAAGUACUACGAAGCCCAGGAGAUACUUGAACAAAUCCGCCACACGCAUCCUGCUGACGUCCCCGCGCCACGAGAUGAUGGCUACGAGCCCAUCCCCGAUGGCCCGGAUCUGUCCUCCCCGGAGCACACCUCUCAUGGGGUUGCGGAGAUCGAGGCCCUGGCUUCGGUCUGGUCCACCCGAACCCUGUAUACGGGUUACGCACUGGUCUUCAUCAUCUUCUUCGUCAACUCCCUGCAGCAGCAGACGACCAGCAGUCUGAGUCCCUAUGUCUAUUCCGAGUUCACCGACCACUCGCUCAUCGCCAUGACCAAUGUCUUGACGAGCAUCAUUGGCGGGGUGUCGAAACUGCCGAUCGCCAAAUUGAUCGACAUUCUGGGCCGUCCCGAGGGCUUUGCUGCUAUGGUCGCAUUGUGCACCCUGGGCCUGGUUCUGAUGGCUGCCUGUCGUAAUGUCGAAACCUAUGUCGCCGCACAGAUCAUCUACUGGGUCGGCUACAACGGCAUGGACUACGUCCUGCACGUCUUCAUGUCCGACACCACCGAGCUCGUCAACCGGGCCUUCGUCUACGGCAUCGCCUCGUUUCCCUACGUGAUCACCACCUUCAUCGGGCCAGCAGCCGCGCAGUUCCUCUACGAACGCGACGCCCUGUACACCGGAUUCGGCAUCUUCGCCGUCCUCACCCCCCUCGUGACCGCCCCUCUCCUACUCCUUCUCUGGAGUACGCGCAAGAAGGCCCAAUCGGCGGGCGUCAUCAAGCCGAAGCCGAAAGACCGGACACGGAUGGAGACGAUCAUUCAUUAUGCCGUGGAGUUUGACCCGAUCGGAAUGCUCCUCAUCACCGCCGGCUUCGUCCUGAUCCUGCUGCCAUUGACCCUGGCCACCUCGGGGACCAACAUGUGGAGCACCUCGCUGCUCGACCGGUGGAUGGCGCCGGACAUCAUCGCGAUGAUCGUGCUGGGUGUCCUCAGCGUGAUCGGGUUUCUGUUCUGGGAGCGAUCGGGGGCCCCGGUGUGCUUCGUCCCGUACAGCCGGCUGCGGGACCCGACGCUCCUCGGCGCGUUUCUUUUGGCCUGCGCGAUGUUCAUGAGCUUCUACUGCUGGGACCUCUACUUCUCCUCGUACCUGCAGGUCGUCUUCAACACCAGCAUCCGCGACACAGGGUACAUCUACAACAUCUACAGCAUCGGCAGCUGCAUCAUCUCGAUUCCGGUGGGGAUCCUAAUCCGCAAGAUCAACCGCUUCAAAACGCCCGCCCUAGCCGCCCUCCCCCUCUUCAUCCUCGGCACCGCCCUGAUGAUCCCCUUCCGCUCGCCCACGAGCCACAUCACCGCCGUGAUCGCCUGCGAGAUCCUCAAGGCCGUGGCGGGCGGCACGCUGGUCAUCUGCCAGGAGAUCGCGGGGCUGGCGACGGGCAACCACGAGACGAUCGCCGUGUCCUUCGCGCUGGUCGGGCUGGGGUCGAAGAUCGGGUCCGCGGUGGGCGCGGCCAUCUCCGGCGCGAUCUGGACGAGUACCGUCCCCGCGUACAUCGAGGAGUACCUCCCACCCGAGAAGAAGUAUCUGGCGGCGGAGUUGUACGGGUCCAUUGCGCGGGUGUUGGAGUUUGCGCCGGGGACGGAGGAGCGCGAGGCGACGGUCCGAGCGUACGGGGUGGCGCAGAAGCGGAUGUUGAUUGUGGGGCUGGCGGUGUUGCCGGCGGCGGGUUUGGGGGUGGCGAUGUGGAGGGAUAUCCGGUUGAGGGGGGUCAGGCAGGUGCGGGGGACGGUGUUGUAG